AAGGCAUGUAGACUUUGGAAGUUUAACGAAGAGAGAAAGUAGAAACCCUCUUGAGUUCCAAAAUGUCAGAUAGAAGCUGAGCAAAGACAAAGUCCAGGAAGUUACUUAGAAACCUCCUCCUCUCCUUCUUCUUAUCUUUCUCAGUCAUUCACCCAUCUUCUUUCUUGUUCAAUUUGUCUCAUGAAUCCCCACAAAACGGAACACGAUCUCUUCCACAAUCAUCGUCAUGAUCUGGGCCCACCUCCUCAGAUCAUCCCCACCCACCCAACUCAAUCCCAGCCGUCCAUUCACGACGACCUUUCUCUCCCAGAGAUUGUCCUCUUCCGUUCCUCUUCUCCGGACACACCGAGUCCGUCCUCCUCCGACAAUGAAGAUUCACUGAUUCACCCGACUCACUCCAGUUCCAAAAGCAUUGUCUCCGGAGGCACUCACGCACCGGCUUAUAUUAAUCCCGAGCCCCAUAUAUCCUCCCAAUUCUAUACAUUCAACGCUGAGUCUCACUCUCUCAUGAUUCGCUGUAUUCUAGAGCACCGCUUAGCUACUCCCGACGAGAUCCGUGCUGCCACGCCGGGCUCCGUCCUUAAAUCGUGGCGCGCAGUCUGGAAGGACCGCAACGAGGACACUGCCUAUGUGACUGGAUGGAAGCGUAUCCAAGAGAAGCUCACGGCUCAGGUGGACCCUGCAUCCGGUAAUGAAUUUCUUUGCUUCAAGAACAAUUCUCAACAAUUUGUUUCUCAUAUUAAUCAAUGGCAAGAUAUUGUCAUGAGCUUUCAUGGGGAUGCUGAUUUAAAGCACCUAGGGCUUAGAGAAACCAUAGAGAGAAUUAAACAAGUCUGGACCGUAGGUGCUAAGUUUUAUGGAAUCCCCGAGAGUUACAUUAGGGUUUGUGUGGCUGCUUGCCCUGUGUGCUCCGCCUCUGAGGGUUCUGGUUCCAGGAACAAACGCCGUCGUUUUGAGUACACCGAGUCAUUUGAUGUUCCUGCUAAGGAGGUGCCAAAUAGGUUACAGCAAUUGGCUGCAAAACAUAAGGUCGUGCUUUGUAUUAGGCAAAAAUAUAUUAGGUAUAAGCCUUUUAUGGCUGAGGUUAAGGAUUAUGCUUGUCAUAGGGCUGGUGAGCCUGUGGCCAAGAAGUCGAGGAUGUUGAAGAGGGAGCCUUAUGCUUCAAAAAGGUGUGGUUGCGGGUUUAGGAUUCGAGCAAUAGUGCCAAUCACCAAUUACAAUGAGAAGGAUAAGACAUUUGUGUAUCAAGAAGAGGGAAUGGCUGUCUUCAAACUAUAUGCAGUCCAUUCAGGGCAUGAGCCAGGGCCCUUGGAUGGGAAUGCAAGGAUUAUGCAUCGGGUUGUUGGGCAUAAAGGCAGCUUUAUGACAGAUCAAGAAAUGGACUAUGGGGUCCGUGAGGACAUGGACAAUGAGGGUUAUAUAUUGAUGGGCAAAGAUGAAGGAGAAUUGCAGCUUUCAGUUUUCCAGCAGUUGCAAGAGUUGAGAACUGAAAUUGGGUCAUUAGAAGGAAGAUUAAGGAAAAUCCCUAGUGAGUUGUUGGCUUCAGUGUCACAUGAAUUGUUUGAUAUUGUUAAUAAAGUUAGAAGCAUAGGGGAAGAUGGUUCAAAGGCAAUUGGGCUGCUUUCAGACAAGCCUAAUUCAGAUGAUGUGCUAGUAGGGGAGAAUGAUUUGCCGCACUGGAGUGAUCAUCAUCAUGAUCGGAUAUAUGGGAAUGGCAAGGAAACAGAACUGAUUGAUGAUGAUGAAGAUAGUUUCGGACGGACACUUGGGGAUGUUGUUCCUUGGGACCAUAUGAGGGCAGAGUGUAGGAGUGAUAAGGAUCUGAUGACUGAGCCAUGUAAGCCUGAAAAGUGGUUGAAAUGCAGCGAUUUUGAUGAGAAGAGCAUUCUUGAUUGUGAGGAUACUAAACUAACCAAGCCCAUGAGACACGAUGAAGCUAUAGUGACUGAUGUAGGUCUUAUACAGGUUGAUAGUUUCUAUCAAGAGAAUCCUAAAUGGUAUGAUUCUCCUUGUGGGUUGGACUCCAGUGCAGAUUGUGGGGACAGUGGGUUCAGACAUGGGGAGAUUGUUUAGAGCCCUGUAGAGCUGUUAACUGACUCUAACAUAGUCAUUGAGUUCAUAUCUUGCCCAUUCAUAUAUUCUGUCUGCAGGAAGUGGGCUGUAAAUUUAAGUAUACUGAAGAUUGGAGCUUCUCACAUGCUUUUUGGUACCUUUGUUGUGUGUUGUUCUGUAAAGUAUGCCCAAUUGGGUCUCUGCACAUACCUUAUUUAUGACUUUUUGUUAACCAUUUGCUGGAUGUUCAUAAUUUUCAGCUGGUUACUUUUAUAAUGCGUAUCAUUCAGUUCUUUAAAGUUUAAAAUUCUUGUAUGUAGUAAAUAUUGCAUCUCGCUUUCUAGCCCUAAUGUUGCACUGUGAAAUAUAUAGGACUGGUGUAUUUUCCGGGUUAUAUGUAUAAUGCCAGUCUUUUGAUA